GCGGCGGCGGCGGCGGAUCGGAUCAGCCUCCCGAUUGUCCUUAGAUCCCGAGCUACGGAGCUGAGCGUCGUUGAUUGCGGCGGCGGCGGAUCGGAUCAGCCUCCUGAUUGUCUCAGAUCCUGAGCUACGGAGCUUAGCAGAGCAGGGACUAGUGAGACAGUCGGCUCUUUCGUGAAGGACGGCUGCAGGUCAUUGAAUUUUCUGGAACUUCCCAAGGCAAGAGAGUGGAGAGCAGCCACACACCUUUAGCCUGCAGCAUGCCAGCACUGUCAACUGGAUCUGCUGGAGAAAUGGGUCUGUAUGAGCUGUUGGCUGCUCUGCCCGCCCAGCUGCAGCCACAUGUGAAUAGCCAGGAGGACCUGACCUUCCUCUGGGACAUGUUUGGUGAAAAGAGCCUGCAUUCACUGGUCAAGAUUCAUGAAAAACUUCACUACUAUGAGAAGCAGAGUCCAGUGCCCAUUCUCCAUGGGGCAGCAGCACUGGCUGAUGAUCUGGCUGAAGAGCUACAGAACAAGCCACUAAGCAGUGAGAUGAGAGAGCUGCUGAAACUGCUGUCAAAACCCAACGUGAAGGCUUUGCUGUCAGUACAUGAUACUGUGGCUCAAAAGAGUUAUGAUCCUGUAUUGCCUCCUAUGCCUGAUGAUAUCGAUGAUGAAGAAGACUCUGUGAAAAUAAUCCGCCUGGUCAAGAACAGAGAACCCCUGGGUGCAACCAUUAAGAAAGAUGAACAGACGGGGGCAAUCAUCGUGGCCCGGAUCAUGCGGGGAGGAGCUGCAGAUAGAAGUGGUCUUAUUCACGUGGGUGACGAGCUGAGGGAAGUGAAUGGGAUCCCAGUAGAAGACAAGAGGCCUGAGGAAAUAAUACAGAUUUUGAGUCAGUCCCAGGGAGCAAUUACUUUUAAGAUAAUACCCAGCACCAAAGAGGAGACAGCUUCCAAGGAAGGCAAGCUGUUUAUCAAAGCCCUUUUUGACUAUGAUCCAAAGGAGGACAAGGCGAUCCCAUGUAAGGAGGCGGGGCUGUCUUUCCAAAAGGGAGACAUUCUUCAGAUUCUGAGCCAAGAUGAUGUGACUUGGUGGCAGGCGAAGCAUGAAGGCGAUGCCAACCCCAGAGCUGGCCUGAUUCCCUCCAAGCACUUCCAGGAACGGAGACUGGCGCUGAGAAGACCAGAAAUAAUAGUCCAGCCUCUGAAACUUUCCAACAGGAAAUCAUCUGGUUUUAGAAGAAGUUUCCGUCUUAGCAGAAAAGAUAAAAAAACUAACAAGUCUAUGUAUGAGUGCAGAAAGAGUGACCAGUACGACACAGCGGACGUGCCCACAUAUGAGGAAGUGACACCAUACCGGCGGCAGGCUCAUGAGAAAUACAGGCUUGUAGUCCUGGUCGGUCCUGUCGGAGUUGGGCUGAAUGAGCUGAAGCGGAAGCUGUUGAUGAGUGACACCCAACACUAUGGAGUGACAGUACCCCAUACCACUAGAGCAAGACGAAGCCAAGAAAGUGAUGGUGUGGAAUAUAUUUUUAUUUCUAAGCAUUUGUUUGAGACAGAUGUACAAAAUAACAAGUUCAUUGAAUAUGGCGAAUAUAAAAACAACUACUAUGGCACAAGUGUAGACUCAGUUCGCUCUGUCCUAGCUAAGAACAAAGUUUGUCUGCUGGAUGUCCAGCCUCAUACAGUGAAGCACUUAAGGACACUGGAGUUCAAACCCUAUGUGAUAUUUAUAAAACCUCCAUCAAUAGAACGUUUGAGAGAGACAAGAAAAAAUGCAAAGAUUAUUUCAAGCAGAGAUGACCAAGGAACAGCAAAACCCUUCACAGAAGAAGACUUUCAAGAAAUGAUUAAAUCGGCACAAAUAAUGGAAAGUCAAUACGGCCAUCUUUUUGACAAAAUUAUAAUAAAUGAUGAUCUCACUAUGGCAUUUAAUGAGCUAAAAACAACAUUUGACAAACUAGAGACUGAUACCCAUUGGGUCCCCGUGAGCUGGUUACAUUCAUAACUCAAGAAAAUUUCCUUAAUUGUGUUUUUUACAGAGUGCAUGAUUAGGUCAGCUACCAUGUUUUUGGUAGGAUUUUCUUAAACCUCUAUCACUGUCAUAGAUGUAAAGUCUUUAUAAAAUUUCAAUGUGGUUUUGUUUAUAUCUUUUAGAGCCUUAUUUGAAUCAUAUGACUGCGCAAUCUAAAAGUCAGAAUCGGCACAGCGUAAAACUUUGAAUUCCCUGAUUGCCCUUAGUUCUGUCUCUGUUGUGAGAGGCAGUGUAUCAGAGUUCAUGCCCCACCUUUACUUGCUGCCCUUCACUUUGCAUGCUUGCAGUUGACAGCAUGGACUUAGCCAUCUUGGGCAGCUCCACAGGUUUGAUUGAGCUGGAAAUAAGACCUUAUCCUAUUACCGCUCCUGUGCACAGAGUAUGUUCUUUGUGUGUUUGUUAUUCUUAAGGAAGUAGCUCACAUAUUAUAGUUUAGGAAAUCCUUUGGAGUACAUAUAGAUACUGCAAAUAUUCUAUAAGGGAAAAUGGAUCCUUUUUUUUGUAAGUUGAGGGUCUUACUAUGCUCUCUACACUGGCCUUGAACUCAGCCCUCCUUUGCCUCAACCUCCCAAGUACGGGUACAUGCCACUGCAACAGGUUUGGAAAUAGAUUUAAGUAAUAUUAUAGAUGUAGACCAAAACCCUUCCUUGUGGUUUAGUAAGGAUAAUUAUUUUAGGGCAAGCAAUGAUCACAAAGCAACUCCUGUUUUAACCAGUUACUUUUCAGAAGACAUUUUUGUAGUCAAAAUGUUUUAUUCUCUUGCUUUGGAAGUUCUCAGCAAAUUAUAAGAAUGAGAUACAUAUUCUAAACGUGUAACACACAUAGUUAAGGAAAAAGUGAUCAUGUUUCCGUACUGUGCAAUCACCACAUGUUUAAAUUGUGCUACGGUGUGUUCUAGAAACCUUAUAUUGUGUUAACUUUUUUUGAUCAAAAUGAUUAUUAACAUUGGCCAGAUUUCAUCUCAGCCUAUUCUGAAAGAAGAUGUAUUUCUUAAAUGUUUAGAUGACAUUGCUCCUUUUUCUUUGAUGCUAUAGGUCUCCAGCGAGUGAAUAAUUUAUCGUAUUACAAAUCUAUGGUUCAGAGAGCUCCUGCCAUUCCUGUGAGCAGUGUGACUCAGCCAAUAGGAAAACCAUCACAUCUAUGACUUUAAUACAAAAAUAUUUUUGUUGCUUUGAAGAGCGUUUAAAUGUCAUGCUUAAAGAAAAAUAAAAUAUAGGGAAAUUUUAUAUAUUUGUGAGAUAUUUGAAAGACAUAUUUUUAGUUAUCAAAUAGGGUUAUUCAUAAAAGAAAUUAUAUAUAAAGAUAUAAUUUAAAGUAGUAGUUUUACAAGCAAGGUCAGCAUUCCAUGUAAAUAUUUGACCUUGUUGCAGGUAGAUCCCCACAUGUUACAUGUUCACUGUCAUGUGAUAGUGUCCUUGCUAACUUUCCUUAUGACAUGUCGGGUUACUGUGAGAAGCAGACACAGAAGUUACUCUAGAGACCUCAUUAUUCAUUCAGUCCCACAGCCAGAUCAUUGGACUAAUGAACAUAGUCUAUGCAAGUUCUGUAUUUAUUAAUUAAAUGAUAAGCCAUGCAGUUUAAACACGGAUAGGAUGGCUAGCAGAUUCCUGUUCUGAAGCCAGUGACCUGUGUGGUCUGUCUAGAGGCACAAGUCUUAGAGAAUUAAUUGGUUUGCGUGGAAUAUUGGAGAAUGCCUACACUUCUCAUAAAGCAAGUUUCUGUACCAAGAAUGAUGAGGAAUGCAUACCAGCAUAGGGCAUUCUGUGGAUACUUUAGGUAUCCCAGUUUCCUUACUCCAAGAUAUCUUUGUUGAUUUUUUUCUUUCUUUUUGGGAUUGUUGUCUCCAUUUUUUUAUUUUAGGGUAGAACUUGUAUAGUGCAGUGGAAAUUUUGAGUCCUUAUAAGUAGUAUAGGUGAUGGAUGGAAUGUUAUGAAAAUAUAAAUAUCUGUAUUUUUUAGACAAGAGCUAAACAACAUUUUUUUAAAUGAUGAAAAUAAAAGCAGUUUAAGAAAUCAGGUGUCUUGUAGGCUUACCUGUGCUUUGAUGCUUUCAAAGAGAUUGAAUUAGAAUGUAAUAUGCCAGGCCAACAAAGGGCUGUGGAUCCCUGUAGUAAGAGGCAACCUCUCUCUGCUCUCUGGCCUCAGCACUCCUACCACCGAGAAGAACACUCCGAGCUCUCAGCAGCCUGUUCCUGGGAUGGCAUGGCAGCCACUGUUAGAGAAGAAACAACUGUUUCAGUGUUUGUACAAUUAAAAUUGAACUUUGCGUGUAAUGCUGUUCUCCUUGUCCACCUCCCAGUUAGAGCGGCCCAAAUGUAAAGAGAUAAAAUUGAAACAAUAACCAUGGUUUCCCUGAGUAAUGUGGAAACUUGGCAUCUAUAAGGCUGGCAUUCCUGGUACUAUAUAAUCAUUGAGUGUGCCUAAAGUGUAGUCAUUUAAAAUGAGCAAACAUGUAAAUUCAGAUUACAAAACUAUGGAGUCAAAAUGUCCCUAAAGAUGCAGAUUUUUAUUUAUUUUCCUUUGGCCCAUGAUGAAUUUAUUGAUAAAUGUAAUGGAAAGUUUUUUAGUCUUAAUAAAAUAUCUUCAAGCAAUAUAUCUGC